CCCUCCUCCAGCAGAGCAGCUCUCUCUCAGUUCUCCGACAGACCGGAGCAGACACGGGCUGAAACAGACCUUUGGCUCAUCAAUCACCGAAAAAAAAAUUUCUCGGACUGGAAACUACAUCUUAUCUAAAGCUUCAAACACUUCUUUCCUGCUGUAGUUUUAAUUUUUAACCCAAAUGACCAGAGAAAACACGAGAAAAAGAAGACGAAGAAGAAAGAGGCUCUCCAUCAGCUCACCCUCCUAUCACUUUACACCUACUCUAAGGGACCGGGCGUUCAGCCAGACGGAGGUCAGUGUACCCUUCUGUUGAAUAUAUACUGAAGUACCACAACUUAUAUUUUAAAGCCAUUAUUUGCUGCUUUUGUUUGCUAAAUUAGCGGAGCAACGAUCGGUUAAGAAGCCGGCUUAUCUUAGCAGAAAUCUUAGCAGUGUUACUUUGAUAUUACUGUGCUGAACUCUAGCCCGUGCUGAUUUAUAAAACAUUACUUAAAUUAAACUAAUUACUGCCAAAACUUAUAAAUUUGUUUUUUCUUUUAAACAACUUCGGUAGAACAGAGACAAAAUAAGAUUUUGGCUCCAAUAAAAGGACAAAUAACUGUAUUUCUGUGACAACGCUGUUGUAAUCUGAAUACGCACUUGUCCAAAGUAAUCUCAGACGAAUUUCCGUCCACAAUACUGUCAAAUUUAUUCCAAACAGUCACUAUUGGUGAUUUAAGCAAAAAUAUUGUUGUCUUGUUGAACUCAUUUGCACAAUAAUGUGAGACAAGCAAUUCGGCCUCAUUCAGGUAAAAAGAAUCUGUAGUAUUUUUGUGGUAUUUCUGUUUUUCUGUAGCAUUUGUGCUCUGUAGUGAGUCCUUAUUGUGUCUUUUCUGAUUGACAGUGAGUUUAUAACUUUGUGUCAUGAGCCUUUAGAUUUUUUAGAGCAUUUCCUGAUGAUGGAUUAUUAUAAUUGUUAAUCAGUUUUUGCUCUGUAAUACUGUUAUGAAGCGUUUUUCUGAGUUUGUGCCGCCUAGUGUCAAGACUUGUCUGUUUUUAUUAAUUUUUAUUUUAGGCGUCUAAAUGCUGGUGGCCCCAACUGUGAACCGUACAAACAUUUAAAUAAUUGCAAGAACAUUUAGCAGAAAUCAUUAAAUAUUUCACAAAAGACUCACAAUGUUUGAAAUAGUACAAUAGUACAGAAAAUAACAGAAACAUAAAAAAACAUGAAAGUGUUUUAUGAAAAACCCAAAACAGGACUUUUUUUUUUCAAUGAGCUGUUUUUACAUUUGCAUCUGGACUAUUUGUGUUUGCACUGACAUGAUUUUUUUUGUAUUCAAUGAAAAGCUUUUGUCGGUCAGAUGUUUUUAGUAGUUAUGAAAUGUUUUCGUAGUUGCCCCUCAGGGCCACCGUACUUUGAUUUUGUGAUACACCUGCAGUCACCCACUGAAGUUACAGUAGAUUUCAGUGAAAGUCCCAGUCCCUUCAGUUUUGCUGUUGAUUUCCAUUCCUCAUCUGUCUAAACAAAUGCAGAUCGCUCAUAGAGGGAAAGCUCAGCAGCAGAUGGAGACAGAAAAUGACAAGUAGAUGAAUUAGCAUGUACUGUCACGUGCAAGCGUGCCACACGCGUGCACGCUCCUCCUCGGCUCUGCCAAUAAGGUCAUCUGAUAAGCUGAAAAUCCUCCCUCUCUAUCAGCAGCCUCAAGGUUUAAAACACAGACAGACCCACACAUUGUCUCUCAGCCUGCACAGUCUGUUUAAUGAGAUGGAUUCCUGCCUCUCCUCCUCUUCCUCUACCCUUCUUCUAAAUCUUCAUCAUCUGUCCAGCUGCCACUUUUCCUCCUCAACCUUUUUUUGCCUUUAUCUUACCCUUUUCUUAUCACCUGUUCCUCCUCCAGUCUUCCUCCCUUGGGUCCUUCUCUCCUUUCACUCCCUUUUUAUUUCUUCCUCCUUCCUUUCAUCUCUUCCCUAUUUCUCUCUUUUAAAGCAUAUCUUCCUCUUCUCUUCCUCUUCCUCUUUUCUUCUUGCAUGCCUCUUUUUCAAGUCUCUCCUCCAACACUUUUCUAUGUUUCCUCCUCUUCAUUUCCCCCUCCUCCUCUACACUCUCUUAUCUCAUCUUCCUCUCUCUUACCUCUUUGUAGUUUUCUCCUGACCCUUUCUCUUCUCCUGCUCUCUACACACACACAGAUGGAAAAGUGACACUUAAGACCCCAGCUACACACACGCAUCAUUUGUGCUUCACACAAUAACACACACCUUCUGUUGUUUGUUGCUCCACCUCUCAUCCUCUCAUCACCUCCCUCCCCCCUUGAGACUAAGCCUGAAAACCAGCGUGUCAUCGAUUUCUGUGUGAAGGUGUUCUCCAUUUUGUAAUUAAAGGACACUCAUCACAACACACACACACAAUCUGGAGUAAAAUACUGCCACCAAAGUCAAAAUACUCCUCUAGUAACUUCUCCUGUGGUUCUUUCAGAGCUUAAGUUCCUGCUGAUAAAAUACCUGCUCAUUUUGAGACAUUAACAGAUUAUUGGUCUCUCUCUCCUGCUGAAAAAUUAUAGUUUUACAUUCUUAUUGCAAACGUGGGUUUCAUAACUUGUUGACAAAGGAUGUUUCUGAUCUAAACUAUAAGAUCAGUGUCAAUCUGUGCAUUUUUUCAACUGCAAUUUUAGAUGAUUAUCUCACCCCAUCUUUAGCAUACGCUUGUUUUGUAGGAAGUAGUCCUAGGAAGUGGUUUAAUAGUCUUACAACAUCAACAUGCCUCUGAAAAAGGUUAUAUUACGAUAUAAAGUGAUAAAAAUGAAACACAUUUUCUGUUUUGGUCCUUCAGUUGAAGUCUUAAGGUGUGUGCACAAAUUGGAUUAAUUUUCUUGACAUAAAUCCAUAUAAACAAGGCCAACUCCUGCUGAAAUACAUCCCAACCUGUGGCGUGUGAUGUAUUUUGAGGAGGCGUCUCACCACACCAACCAUUACGUAAAUAAAUGUCCUGUAUGAACUACUUUAAAUGAUGUAAGUUUGCAUCACAUUAAGCCCAUUAGUCGCACUGAUUAAACUUCACUGAGUCCUGUUCUUACUUCAUUUAUCAGGAUUAUUACAGCAGCAACCCUAUGGGGUUAUAAAAGUGCGAAAUGAGACAAUCUCCUGCUUUAAAACCUCCCUAAAUUUAUUAAUCUCAUAUAUUUUCAAUCCACUUUUCUUUCAUUAUCUAUCGAUAAAUGAAUUUUGAACUGCUACUCAGCUGUUUCUCCUGCUGAAGACAGAGACGCAGGAUGCAAAUGAUCACUUUUAGAAUCUCCAAUCAUGGUGAAUUAACUACCCGCUGCCCUGAAGUUGACCUGCGAGGCGUUCAAAUGCUUCAUCCUCUUUUCUCAAAGCGUCAGCAGCUGAAGAGUCUCCCUCGGCGUGGAGGUGAAACUGGCUUUAAAAACUGAGCACUUAGCAGGCUCAUUUUCCUGAUAUCCAUCCCCAGAGAAGGGACCAGCAAAUGUGAUAUUUUACGGUGAAUUUCUCAGGUGAUGAACAGUGGCGGUCAGAGAGGAGCAGCACUGCAGUAUAAUGUACUUGACCAGAUGCCAAACAGUCACACUUUUAGCCAUUUAUAAUUUCCUCCUGGACUUUAAAGGUAAAAUUAAAAUUACCUCUUCAUCUACAGACAUGGGUUUGCUCCUGAAUUUUGUCUGAAGCUCUGGAGUCCAUCAUGUAUACCACUUUAAACCCCAGAUUGCAGCAUCUGUAUAAAAUCAUAGUAAUGCUAAAGAAUAAUGACUUCAAGGAUGAAAUGUGGUUUUUAUUUUCUUUCUAAAAUCUCAGCUCUAUUUCAGCUUUUCUUUUGGCGGGACAAUAAAACGUGUAGUUUGCAUGAGUUUAUUUUGAAGGGCUGUACUCCUGCAGAAUUUACACAGAAUUUCAGAAAACAUUCAACACUGGCCCCAAGAGGAUGAUUUCCAAACCUCUGCAGGAUUAAAUUAAUCAACAGAAAUAUGAGGUAAAACUCCUCAUUACACAAGAGCGCUCUUACUUUGACAGGCGUUUAACAAACUCUCAAGGACGUUCUUUCCCCGAAGCCUUGUUCAUUUCUUCUCUCAUUCAAUACUGCAACAUUGCAGACUUAGACACAUGCCGUAAUGCAUGCUGGGAGAAAAACUGCAUGGCUGUGGGCCACAACAGAGCGUCAAAAUCUGUACCUGACUGGAGCGAACCUUAAUGUGUUUCUGUCCCUGAAGUGAGGACUGAAUUAGUGCUGCAGAGCUGACCUUUAGUGAAGGCUAAAGUCAAACUUCUGAUGAAUUUUUGAUGUUUUUACCUUUUUUACUGAGCACAGCAAAGGGACUAGGAAAGUUGCAGCUCUUUUCAUAGACUGAAACAUGUUUAACAAAUAACCAUGCUUACAAGGAUUAUUCCUCUAUUCUAGAUUGACAGAUGAGGAAGGAAGAGUUCAGUUUGAUUUAGUGUAAGAGUGCUCAGGGUUAGGGUUGUUUUACCGUUUGAAGAAUCAGCUAACAAGCCUUUAAAAUGAAUUUUCUGAAUCUUCUGUUCAGGGUCCUUCACUGUGAUUUUGGUGUUUUGCCUGUUUGAGAGCUCAUUCAGGGACCUUGUCUCCAGAUUAAUUGAAUGCUCCAUAAUUCUGGUUUAUAGUUUUCACAUGGCAGGUCACAUCCUCCGUCCUGUAAUCUGCUCAUUUCAAACAGCUGCGAUGGAAAAGCGAUAAACUCUGCUGGCAUUCGUCUGAUGAAAAUGGUUAUUACAGCAACAGUCAUCCGGGGAUUAGGACCGACCGACUCUUGGCUAAUUAAACUUUCGACUCCCCGGCGUCCCCGUCCCGACUGAAAUGAGUUCAUAACGCAAAAUAUUUCACCAGCUCCCCUUUUAAUGCAUAAACAGGAAAAAAUGUUCAGCAAACGCACCAACCCUGCAGCAUUUUUCCUUUUUGCAGCCCCUGGAAACUUGGUUUAAAGCCUUCCUCUCCUCCUGACUUUUCUCUGCUAAGAUGAAGGAAAAUGAAGUUCAUUUCCCCCGAUGCUGCUCAAACUUUGUGUUUUUAUUCACUUUCUGUAAAAAGUCAUGUCUCUUAAAGGUUGCACAUAGGGUAUCAUAGUCUUGUUUAACUUUCUGUAAUUGCUUCUGCAAUCUUGGAAUAUUUUGGGAAAAAUCCAAGACUUCCUGGAGGCUCAUCUUGGAUCUUCAUUCGGCUCUGAUCUGAAUCUCCCACUGCGUUUCUCAAAGGACCGCAUCCUCCAACUCUUGAUUCUCUUUAUUCCAAUCUGUUUCUAUCAGAUCCAUCCUCACCUCCUGCUGCAUUCAGGGACGCUCUCCUUGUUUUUAUAUCAAAGGCGUCUUUGUCUGCUGGGUUCGUAUUGAUCACAGAAUCUCUCCAGCUGCCUGCUGAGUGCUUAUUUUCCAUCAGGAGAGGGGAUUUAUCGAAGGGGCGACAAGAGUAGGAAAAUGAAGUGUCACGUCUGAGGAGUCUUACUUGCUUUCAGCAGGAGCUCCCAGGUGAACAGAUGCAACCAUUAAACAAGAGCUCCACAUCCCAGGGUGCAUCUCUGCACUAGAUUUUGACCUCCAGAGAAGAAGUGCUCAGAAAUCAUAACUUUCUUUUGUCAUUUUGAAGCAAAAGAGACUCAAGGUUCAUAUAUCCGUUCAUUUCUCUUUCUGAAAGAGUCGACUUCAGCUGUUGGGCUCAGAAGAAACAUUUCAUCUUUGUUUUCGCAGCACAAAGCACAAGAAAGCCUGAAGCAACUCUGUCAUUUUUCAUCAUAACCUCAACCUAAAAUUGGUUUAAAGAUCCAGAGUUAUAAAAAAGCUUUUUCUUCUUCCUGCAGUUCCUGUGGAAACUCGAUUUGACCUGGUUUUGUGCUGGUGUUACAAACACACACAUUAUAGUUUUUACAAUCAUCUGAUUUCAGAACAGCUGUGUAAAUUUCAAAUGCAUGUUAGGACAGAAGCUUGAAAGUCCUGAUUUCCAGAAAGUUGAUUUCUUAUCCAGGUCUGAGUUCAAAUUGGCUUUAUGCAAACUGGUAAAAUUUAAGACUCACAGCCAAAAUAUUACACAAGAGUAAGAAAAGAAAUUCAGCUUUAUAUUUCUACUUAUUCCAGUCUCGGCUCUGAUGUUUGUGACGCUGUGAUUUGUUGUCUUAAAUUAGAGUAAAGUGGUACAGAAAGAUCUCACAGAAACUUUGAGAAAAUGAAAAGUAAUUGGCCAGAUUUUGUUUCUUUCUUCAUUUCCUCCCGAUGUGUAAGGAGAGGGUUUAUUUGUACAUCAAACAUCCCUGUUUUCCUCUGUGCUAUUAGCAGACAUAUAAAGUUGUGUUGCAGUGUUGUGUUAAAUGAAAACAAACACCUGCAUCUGCGUCUAAUGUGCAUAUUUAGCCUCACAUAUUACAGCUCUCAUUAAGAAACUAAUUGAAAGGCAUUAACAUGGCAGCCUCUCCAGCAUAUGUUGCUUUAAUCAGAUUAAAUUGCCGUCAUUACGGUGCAAACGCAAACGUGGCCUCUCUCUCUCUCCCUCCAUCCUGCAGGAAUAAUAAAGUCUGAUGUGACUGAAGGGAGCGAUGUUUUCCUGCAAAACAGCCUCUUGCUGCCGCGCUAAUCAGAUCACAGUCCUCUGCUGAGUUUGUGUUUUCAUACACAAAUUGAAUCACAGCUCAGUUCUCAGGAGGAAAUUGGAAAGUUGGUUGACACAAGCAGAGAUGUAACCGGUCAAAACACAGAGAACGGAGAAGCAGAUACAGUCAGAGAGGCAGAGAUGAUUGAUUCACCACAGGGACGUAAUGUCGGAGAGCAUAUGUAACUGCCUUGCCUCCUUUUCUUUGCUUUCUUUUUUAGGAUUUGCCCCUCUGUUUUCAAAUUUCCAUUGAUAUCUUGAACAAAUUAAAUCGGUCAAAGUCAACGUGGUGAGAAAAAUCUAGGUUUUUUUGUUUUGUUUGGCCAUUGACCAAAAGUGAGGAAACCAUGAUUCAGCAUUGACUCGCAACACCAUUUUUUUUCUCCCACUGAAAUCCGGGCCUUAUUGCCAAACAUUAGUGGUCUACUUCACUAAUGCUCUUUUUACUGAAUGGGUGCAAAUCCCUGCAGCCAGGUCCUUAAAUCUUAUAAAGCCUCCAACCAGGAGAGCAGCGCAGAUUAGAGUGUGAGGUUUUCAAACACAACUAAAGCCUGCAGAAAUGUAUUGUUCAGGCGUUUACAAAAUGCAGAAUUGACAUUUCUCUUUAUGCUACUCCCUCUCCCUAUUUUUAAAGUAUAUUGCUGACAUUCAAAUUUGUCAUUGUCACGUAGAAAUGAAAUCUGUUUUGCUUUCAUUGCUAUUCGAUUGUUCCCUUUCCCAGAAUCACAUCUUUCUUUCUCUCUCUCCCAGCUCAGCGCUCACGGUCUUUGCAUUGAUUUAGAGAAACCUCUCUCUCUUCUUCAGCCAGCAGUCACUCUUUUUUUCCAAGCACAUCUUUCAUAUUGACUUCCUUCAAAAAUGCAGUGACAUUAAUCAAUCUUAUUUUCUGCUUUACCAGUUUUAACCUGUCUAUCCUCUAGCUGUGCUACUGAUCUAGAAAAUUAAGCCUCUUUUUUCGCUGCGGUGCUUCAGGAAGUCUCUUCAGAUUUGAUUAUCAGCUGAACGCCUGAAUGCAGAUGUGUUUAAAAUUGGCUCAUCUCUCCCAUCCUGAAAUCCUUUGUUUGUUUCCCGUCCAGAUGAAAAGCUGCCAAUGAGAGGAUGCUACAGUAAGACCCGGCCAUGGCUGCCCAUCGAAUCAUCCGAGUGACUAACAACAACCUUAUCCUCCCUCGCUGUAAAUCUGAGGGGACGCUCAUCGACCUCAGCGAAGGGGUCACUGGAGCCAGUCUCAAUGAUGUUAAAGGUCAGUUCCACCAGUUUAAGUAUUUUUCAAUUACCUGGGAGAAAAAAAAACAUGCUCUGAAACGGUUUUAUCAUUUUAUCAAGAAAUAACGUCCAUUUUCCUCUUUUCAUCGCUUCAGUUUUAUGUAACUGAUUUAUUUUUUCUUUCUUUGGCUCUUUCACUUCACUGGUUGCACUUCAUUACAGCUUUACUUACAUGCUCCAUAUACGCUAAUGAGGUGGACUAAAAAUAGUAAAUUAUGCAUUAAAUUAUGCAGUUCAUCUGCUCAGAUAUUUACCUACUGGUCUGAAAAAAAAUUGCAUGAAGAAGGAUGGAAAAUAAGUUUUUCUGUCAUGGGGGGAACAUUUUCACUUCUUCCUUCUUUUCAGUCUGGUUUUACGGUUCAACCUCUGACUCAUUUUGAGACAAACCUAUGUGUCUGGUUUCUGUACCAUCUCAUUGUUAGUGAAUCUGAUCCAUUAUGUCUGAGUCUGAUGAUGAGAUAAGCACAGAUAAUAGUGGUGUUUUAAGUAAUCAGCCAGUGAGCAAGUGCACUUAUAUAAGAGGCCAAUUCAGCCUCCAGAUACUCGACAAUCAGGACAAGACAAUGACCAUCAUUAAAUUGUGAUUGUUCUGAUAUCCUCAUCCUUUUCAGUGCCUUCGCCAAGUGCCUUGCGGCUGGACACCUCAGCCUCCUAUGGAGCAGCACAGGAAGUGGUUGCCAUCAAGGAUUAUUGCCCGAGCAGCUUCACAACGCUGAAGUUCUCCAAAGGUGAUCACCUCUAUGUGCUGGACACAUCAGGUGGGGAGUGGUGGUACGCUCACAACAACACAGAGAUGGGUUACAUCCCAGCCGCUUACGUCCAGCCGGUCAACUUCAGGAACUCUUGUCUUAGCGACAGUGGGAUGAUUGACAGUCUGGAGGAAGGGUAUGAGGAUGGGUCCAGGGAGUUUGGAGGUUUAGGAGAAUGGACAGGGGUGGCCCCGAAACCCUCCCUGAAUUACAUCAACAGUCCUGUCUCAGCAAACCCGUUCAUCUGUUCAGUGGAUCAAAACUGCAAAGAUACAAAUAUCAGGGGCUCAGAUCUGAUCCUCUUUGACACACUGGCGUCCCCGUCAUCCUGCUCCAACUUUAACACCAACACAGUGAUGACCAACGGGUUCAGCAGUUGCCACAACAACAACACCACCUCCACCAGCCCAAACCAAGAGAUCCUACCCAACCUCCACAGGGAUAACCCAUUCUUCAGGAGUAAACGCUCCCACAGUCUCUCAGAACUGUCUGUCCUCCAGGCACAGUCCAAUCCAACCCUACCCUCUUCAGGAUUCUUCACAGGCCUUACGGCUCCUUUACCGGAGCAGUUCCAGAGCAGGGAGGACUUCAGGACUGCUUGGUUGAAUCACAGAAAGUUGGCAAGGUCUUGCCAUGACCUUGACUCCCUGGGCCAGAGUCUGGGUUGGGGUCAGACUCAGCCGGUGGAGACAAACAUCGUGUGCAGGUUGGACAGUAAUGGAGGAGUUGUCCAACUCCCAGAUACCCAUAUCAGCGCCCACAUCCCUGAAGGCCACGUUAGCCAUGGAGACCACCAGCAGAUCUCCAUGAAAGCCUUAUUAGACCCUCCUCUGGAGCUCAAUACAGACCUCUGCUCAACAGUGAGCCCGGUUGUGGAGAUCAAGCUCAGCAACAUGGAGAUCAAGUCCUUUAUUACAUUGGAGAUGAAGGUAUCUGUAACCAUCAAGAAGGAGAGUUGUCGCACCGUAGAGCUGCUUUGUGUUCGCAGUGAUUGUAAAGAAGGGCCUUACACACCCAUCCCUAACGCUUACCUUUACAAGGACACAGUCCAGGUGCAGUUGGACAGUCUUGAGCCUUGUAUGUACGUGGCUGUUGUGGUUCAGUCCCAGUACAUCAGCCACAAUACCACGGUUUGGGACCACGUUCAGAGGAAAGUCACCCUGGGCGUCUACGGACCGAAGCACAUCCACCCUUCCUUUAAGACUGUCGUGGCCAUGUUUGGGCAUGAUUGCGCCCCCAAGACCUUGUUGGUAAACGAAGUUGGCAGGCAGGCAAGUUCUACCCCACCUGUAGCACUCCAGCUGUGGGGGAGGCACCAGUUUGUGCUGGGGUACCCUCAGGACCUCAGAGUGGGAUUGUACUCCAACAUGUCCAACUACCAAGUGAAGACGUCCGAGGGUGCAGGGGUGAUUCAGGGAUUUCAAGUCAAACUGGGGAAAGUCACCAGGCUCCUGUACAUGAUCUCAUCACUCAACCCCAACAGUAUUUCAGACUUCACUCUCAGGGUCCAAGUCAAGGACGCCCUGGACUGCAUUCUCACCCAGUUCUGCGUCCAAACUCCACCGCCGCCACCAAAGACUGGGGCAAGGAUUACAGGUCAGAGGAGGUUUUUGAAGAAGAAAGAGGUGGAUAAGAUUGUCCUCUCACCACUGGCUGUCACUUCAAAGUACCUGAAGUUUCAAGACCGGUGCAUCAUCAACCUGAAAUUUGGCAAGUUGAUCAAAACGGUGAUCAGGCAGCACAAGAGCACUUACCUGCUGGAAUACAAAAAAGGGGAUGUUAUCGCUUUACUCAGCGAGGAGAAAAUCAAACUGCGAGGUCAACUGAGGACCAAAGAGUGGUACAUCGGAUACUAUCAGGGGAAGAUGGGGCUUGUCCAUGCUAAGAACGUUUUAGUUCUGGGUAAGGUCAAGCCCAUUUAUUGGUGUGGGCCGGAUCUAACAACCACAAUGUUACUGGAACAGAUCCUGAAGCCUUGCAAGUUUCUCACAUACAUUUACGCAACUGUGAGGACGGUUUUGAUGGAGAAUGUGGGCAACUGGAGGGCGUUUGCAGACGCCUUGGGUUAUGGGAAUUUACCGCUGAAUUAUUUUUGUCGGACAGAGCUGGACAACGAGCCAGAGAAGGUGGCGUCGGUUCUGGAGAAACUCAAAGAGGAGUGUACGAAUAUGGAGCACAAGGAGAGGAAGUCUUUCCAGCGGGAACUCAUGAUGGUGAGACACAUUUUUCUAUUUUCCUGCAUCAUACUGGGUUUUUCUAAGAACCUGUUGGAUUUGAGGGCAGCUUGAAUAUUUUGAUGUCAGCUUUGCUUUCAGCUGAGGAAAGCUCUCCUGGAAAAGGGUUAGCAGUCCGUCUCAGCAGCUGCUGUAAAGUGGCCUUGAGCCUUGGCCUUAUUCAGUCAGGAACUGUGAAGCUCAACCUUUUUUUUUUUAGAGGGACAAACGAAAAAAAAACCUGCCUUUAUGCCCUGUAACCAUCAACAUGUUUUUUUUAAGCACAUGGCAGAUGUUUGCUCAUGAAAUUGCUCUGGAUAAAAAAAGUUGAGUUAGAGCUAGAGCUAGAAGUGUUUAUCCCUCCUCCUUUUGUUGCUGUUUAGCACUCUGUAACUGCAGCCAGGAAUAAAUUCAACCCUGAGCAGAACUGGACUGACAGGUGGACAGCCAUCUUCCUCACCAGAUUGAGAAAAAUAACGAGUCAAGGAGACAAAUAGAUGAAAUUGAGGUCAUUUCUAUCAGCCAUUUAUCUCCCAGCGAAUUAAAAAAGUGACAACCCUAUUUUGCAAGGCCCAAGGCGAUACAUUUAACCUGCUCGUUUUCACUGACCAGCAAUUUAAAACCCAAUAAUGGCCAAUAUAAAUUAGAUUAAAGCUGUAAAUUCACACGUAGGAGACACUUAACAAAUACUUUGUUUUAUUUCUCUAAAAUAGCAGCUGUUUUACAAACACCAAAUUGUCCUUGAACAGAGAGAGAGAGAGAGCUUGAUUUUUUUGAGAACAGUUAUGCAUUUGCCGCUCAGAUAAAUGUCAAAGAAACUGUGCCACAACACCACCGCAGCAGCAGCUUUUGUUCUCAUACGAUAUACAUUUCAGAGUGUUUUUAUCAGUGUCUCCCAGAUGGCUGCUGCAUUGUUUGCAGAGCUUUGUUGAUGCUCAAAAUGCAAUUUCCAAAACGGUCAGCCGUCUGAAUGAUUUGUGCACCUUGUCUGCUGUACAUUACAUGAUUUCUGUCCUCUAACAGCCUCAUUCUGCGAUACAAUGUAAUUGUGAACUGGGAGGAUUUGGGUCCCUACACUCAGUCUCAUAAAUGGUAAACAAAGUGUCCUACAGCCUGGGGUGGCUCGCAGCCAUCGCAUGAAAAAUAAAGGAGGAGAUGAUGUUUGGAGGAAAAUUGCAUAGAAGUUAAACUUAACAUCUGCAGUUUGAGUGAAAACAACUCUGUCAAGCAAUCGCACGCCUGUUUCGAUGUGUUUUUCUUCUCCGACAGUGCCAGCACCCCAGGGGAAGCAAAAUUGUCCCAAGACUGUGUGCUUGCCAGACACCAUUAUUCAAAAAGUACUUUAGCAGAGUACUUUUUCCAACCGUGGUUUAACCAGGCAGAGCUGAUGGAGCAUGUGUGUUGGGCUAUUUUAGACAGCAGCAGCAGUAGGAGAAGCUGGGGGGUGAAGUGCCUUGCUUGAGGGGACUAUGGCAGGAGAAGGAAGAGCGCAUCUCAUUUGCUGCUCAAACUUCUUUACCUUGAGACACUCAUCUUUACUUACUCGGCUGUAAGUCAUGUGACAUCUCCUAAAACUGAAAGCAAAGGUUUGUUUUUAUGCUUUAUGGAGAGCUUUUUCUAUGAGCGGCUGCCUUUGAUUCCCGCUGAGGCUUUUCAUCAUACUGUGCGCACAAAGGGCAUUUUCUUAUCCCUGAACCAGGCUCCAUCCUUGACUCCUAGGAGGUCCAUCUUUGUCGUGUUUUCCAGCAAAUAAAAGGAGAACAUACUCACAGGUGCUUUAUUGAAGUCCAGCAAUUUUCCUGCUCCUGCGAGCAGAAACUCUUUCAUCACGGACAGCGAUAAAGAAAUGUGUCCCGUUGACCUCGGUGGAAGAAUUGUCCGCAGAUGUUUCUCCACAUAGAUGGUGUAUACUAGUACACAGAGUAAUUUGCUGUCAUGUGUAAGUCAUUUCUCCUGAGUCCUGUGGUGCAGUUAUAGAGUGAGGUCAGAUUUUUAUUUUUUUUAAGUUGUGAAACAUGAUGAAAUGGUACAGCUGCACUUUGAGUUGGGUUGAGUCCUAAAAUAUUUAGAGAAAUACAGUUAGGUGAUAAAAGCAUUGAUAUACGAAAGAGGAUUAGGGCUGCAAGAAGAGAAAAAAAUAAUUACAGGAGAGAGAUUUUUUUAGUUUCUAUUUCGAAAUUAAAGUCAAAAUUAAAAAAAAAUUCGAAAUGAAAAAAAUGUGCGAGAUUUUGAUUAUUUUAAUCUUGAAAUUUUGAGAUUAAAGUUGAAAUUUCAAGAUUAAAAAAAUCGUGAUAAGGUAACUACUUUGUAACCUCAAAAGAGCUCUCAAUACAACAGAGUAUUAGGACCAUAUCAUGAAAAAAAAAUAAAGACUGAAGAAUGUACGAGAAUAAAGUCAUUACUUAAGAGAAUAAAGUCAUAAUAAAAUCAUUACCUACAGGAAUAAAGUUGUAAUAAAAUUAUUACUUACGGGAAUAAAGUCGUAAUAAAGAUUUACUUACGAAAACAAAGUCCUUAUAUUCUAACCUGUUGUUUAAGAUGACAGUUGUUGAAAUGAGAGCCAUGGAGCAUUUCUUGAAAAUGUACUUCAAUAUCAGUUUCUCAGACAUGGAGAUACUUUAUCUUUUGGCACAUCAGCAUCACAUUAUCAUAAGUAUUAUAAUCAUUUUAUUACGACUUUAUUCUCAUUAGUUAUGACUUUAUUCUUGUAAAUUAACGACUUUAAUCUCAAAGUCUUAAUUUUUUUUUCUUAAUGUGGCCCUAAUACUCCGUCGUCUUGAUAGCUCUUUUUGAGUUUAGAUAAGAAAACUGUUAAAAAUGAUCUGAGGUAUGUUGCCAACUUGAACCGACUUGUGAAAUUCAGCGAUGCUUCAAGAAAACCUAAUUUUCCGACGGGAACCUAAGUGCAUUGAUCAAACCUCUUUUCAGUUUUGUUUCCUUUGGCUGCCAUCUUUUUUUUGGAUUCAGUGGAUAAAGAGGUCAUCUGUUGUGCAGGUGCAGACAUAACAAACAUGAAAGUAUAAUCAGGUGUCAUCAGCGCAAAGAAAACCAAAGCAUGUGCAAAGACAAUUGGCGAGGCUCUGGAAUUAAACCUUGAGGGAUGUCACAUUUAUUCAGUUCAUGGGAUGAGGAGCAAUUUUCUUUCCUCUUUUUCUCAGGUAGGGAAUAAACGAUUUGAUCCCAAAGCCCAGCUGCCUGGUGUCUAAAUGGAUGUCAUGGUUGGCUGUGUCAUAUGUUGCAUUGAGAUAAACCAUGACCAAAGCGGAUUUUCCUCUGGAUUUCAUGUCUAGACGUGUAAAACUUGCUGUUUUAAGCUGCGAGGAGUCACAGCUCCGUUUGCCCCUGAGCUUCAGCGCUAAAACCCUCCACAGGACGUGUGUGAAUGCGGAUUUCUUGUGCCACAUUUUCCCCAGAGAGCAGAAAAUUGUCAUCAGGCCGCAAGAACAAGGUCCAGUGAGUCACAGGGGCUUGAAUUACAAAAUCCUCUGCUCAAAGGAAAAAAUAGCUUGGCUUAUACAAUCACUACUCAAUAAAACAUUCCUGCAUUCAGAACUCUGACCUGGUUUAGCAAACGUUGAGUGGUUUACCUUGAUAAUCAGGCUUUAAUUAGCCAGACCUUGAUUUCUUUGAGAAGGAACACACUCAGAUCCACACCGAUCUGUGAAAUGAGUCAAACUGAAGCAACAUUGUGUUGAAACGGAGAGAAAUGCAAAAACAGUCAUCUGAACUGAAAACGUUCUUUUGCAAAGUCAUUAAAAACGUGUUGGAGACAGCUGGAAUGAAACGAUCUCAGGUCACAGGGGUGCAUGGAGGGGUUAGAUGGGAAUCGAUGAACCUAUAGAGGGGUUUCAAGGUGGGGGCGAUGCCUAGAUGAAGUGGCUUCUUUGUCCCUCCUGUGGUCUCUGUAAUGAGAGAGGAGGAGGCACAGAGGCAGAAACAUGAAAUGGCUUUGGUGGGAGGGAAGUGAGAACUGAUACCAUGAGGGGAGAGAUGGGAGUUUGGACACACCUGAUGAGAGCUAGUUUGGAGUUUUUUUCAUGAGUAUUAGAAAGAGAAGAAGAAGAAGAGGACUGUUUAUUCACUUAUGUCAGGACUUUGACUGGAUUUUUAUUCAGUUCAUGCUGGAGAGAGCUGCAUAUCUGCAGUUACGAAGUUGUAACUUGACUAUCUCAGCUGACUAUCUUAGCCUCCCUCGCAGACAUUUUUUUGUUGAUAUCUGUAGCAUUUGUCAGUCUAGAUGCACCAAAACAAAAAACAACUUUUUAAGGUCUACUGGUAAAAGAAAGAUUCAGACAUUUUCUUUGCAAUAUUUAAAGAUUUUAUUAAACAUGAGCACCAAGAACAAAUUCAAGCUAAUCCUGCUAUCUCUGCUUAUAAAGGAAAUUGUUGUUUUUUUAUUUUUAGACUGAUUUUCGUUUUUAAAGCCAAUUGUAAACUUGGAGAAAAGUUUGAGGAGCUCAAAUAUAGCAGAGCAAUAACCCUGCUGGCUCUAAUUGCUGCUCUGUCCUGCCUGUGAAAAAUGAAAGUGUUGCAGCAGAACAAACGAUUACGGUUUGUCUUUGGGGUUGUAGCAAAGCUCUUCAUGUCUCUCCUCCACACUAGCCGACAGGUGUUCUCAUGUGAAAUGUGAGUCGGCAUUGAUCAGGACGGAGCUGGAGGCUCUGAAGGGAACAUCUGACACCACCCCGGCAGAUCUGUUAACGCUGAGACUCAAGUUACGAAGGCUGAGGACAAAUGAGAGCCGGUUCUUGUGGUUGUUAGUGGAGGAAAGAGGCUGAGAGGCCAGGAGACUGUCCAUUAAUAAUAUACACACAGGAGAGGGGGCCAAUCACUCCUACAGCGCAGUUAAUCAAUCCCGGGCUUGUGGACUCGUAAAACCCAAAUGUUAGGAAACAGCUGCAUGUCAGAUGUCUUUAGAAACACACAGCUUCAGCCAAUCACAACAAACGAUAUGAAGAAACAAACGUUCAACAGACAGCUUGGAGAAUCAUAAUGAAUUAAAACUUUCCUUUGGUCCUGCCGUGAAACCUGCUCCUAAAACAAAGUGACUGAUCCGAAACUUCAGAGCCAAAACUUUUGCCGAUCAUGCAAAGCCUGUCUGCAACAAAGAUCAUGAUUAUGCAAAGAAAAUGUGAUAUUCUCAGACCCAGAAAAAUCUCUGUUUUUUGACAAACACAGUGAGCUGUUUCAUGAGGCAAGUUUGGUCAUAAAGACUGUUUGUCAUUUUAUCAGAAAAAAAAGGCCCUGAAGUUCAUCAGAUCAGUCAGGAGCUGCUGAUUGGACCAUGAUCAGCUCUAGUGACCCCCAGGAAACAACGGACAAUUGGGCUGAAAUUCCCCGACUGAUUUUAAAUCUAAAAUUACAAAUAAAGUCAGAGUUGGACUGUGAUAGGAAAAGCUCCUCGACUCUACAUGUCCUGAAAUCUUGCACGGAUCUUUGUGGGGUGCUGAAAAAGUCUGCUCAAGCUUUGGCAAGACCACACAGACUGUUGUAUAAAAUCUGCAUAACACCCUCUGAUGAUCAAACCAAAAGUGCUGCCCUUGAAGGUCUUUUCUGAUGAAGAUUUUCCAGUGAAAACACAGAAUAGUUUCAUGUGUGUGUGGCCGUUUAAUUUACCGUUUCUCAUUUUCAAACAUCAGGUGAUAAAAGAUUUGUCAAAUGUUACUAUAACCCUGAAAUAAAAAGUUUGUUCCUAUUUUCUCAGGUUCAUCUUAUGGUUUGUUUGAUAUAACAUCGACCUCCUGCAGUGGGAAAGACUCUGAUUUGAUAGCUGUGUUUUAAGAUCGAAGGUUAAUAACUCAGAGAAGUGAAAGCUGCUGACUGUUCCUUUUAUCUUUCUCCUUUCCUGCUUCAUUCUUCGUUUCCUCUCUUUUUUUCCUCUCUACCUGUCAGUCUCCUCAUCUGCUCCUCUACCUCCCUCCUGUUGAAGCUCAUUUGGCUGACAGCCGCUCGCUCAGCUGUCAGCACCGUCUGUCCGUCUGCUCCGGGGCUCCCUGCAGGUCGUCACGAUCUUGUGUUUUUCAGUCGCUUUUCGCUCUCUCACGGAGCGGACCGUUGUCUAUUUUUAGAGCAGAUUCAUCCUGUUUUUAAUAACAUGGAAACAUCCAACAAACUCCGGGCUGGAAGCUGAGGAGUCAAUGUCGAAAACAAGCUGCUGUGCCAUGUGGUGUGUUUGCUUGUAUUUCUUAAACAGGAUUCACUCAUGUCUAAAAACACUCCAGUUUGACAGAGUCCUACAGCAGGACGCUGACCUUUCACCUCUACAUGCCAGAGUUUUAGCUACCAUGAGACAAACUCCGAGUUCUCCCACUGUUCGAUGACUCUGAUCUCAAAGCUGAAGGUGUUUGACUGCUUGACCUUUAUUUUCAAACCCCUUCCUGUCUCUCACUGUAAUCCUUUCCGGCUUAAACGACAAGUUUAGCUCCUGAUUUGCAUUUCAACACAUCAUGCUCGUUUUGAGACAGAAGGCUGAAGAGUUGAACCCUGACUCUGGAGCGUGAGUGUCUCUAAAUUUAGAGUUGACCCUGCGCGCGCGCGUGUGAAGCCUGAAUCAGCAGAAGGCCAAAGUUCUCCUUCACCAGGUGGUAGAGAGACACUGGCAGAGAGAGAGAGAGAGUGAGGUUAUUCAGGUUAAUUCACUUUAUUGCGGCGCUGCAGUUCAUCACACAAAAGUUUAAAAAAAGAGUUGAAGAACUGAUCAUUGGAGUAAAUCUAAGUCACAUGACGUCUGGAUUAGGAGCUUCUUUCUGUCUGGUAUUUUCAAGCUUAAACGUCAGCCUCUUACAAAAGAUGCGCUGAAAGAUUUUGUUGCCUAUUAGGUCGCCACUUCUACGGUUUCAUCUCUAACAAACUGAAGAAACCUCUUAAAGCGUUGUCUUGUUUUUGGCCGCAAAAAGACAGUUUUCUUCACUUUUGUUUAAACCAAAUGAUUGAAAUUGAAGCUGAUGUCUCGUUAUAACCCGUCAAGGCAAACGAGAAAAUGAGUUUCAAGGUGACACCCUAAAAAAUAAUGUCGAUUUUCAAUCCUAAGAGGUCUAUCUCCAGUCCCUUUAGAUGAAGGUAAAAACUGGCUGAAUAAAAAGUUAUUUUUUUUCUCUUCUUCAAUGCUUUGGUGGUUUAAAUCCAAGAAAUUCUGCCUGGUGUUCUUGAACCUCAUCAUAUGUUAUUGUUUUGAAGAAAAUUUAUGGGCUUUUCUUUGUUUUAAGGUUAUGUCAGUUAGAGGACAGGACUUAAGAUGGAUUGAGAGACUAUAUAGAAACGUCCCUGAUGUAGGACAGCAUCUUAAAGGGGCAUGAGACCAUAACCUACUUACACACAUCCAAAACCAACUUUUAUUUAUUUAUUUAUUUUUGACACCAAAUAUAUUGACAUGGGCAAAAUGAUGUUGAUUGUUGUCAUAAAUUUGGAUAUCGGUAAAUUUUCAGUUUAUCGCCCAGCCCUAAUAUAAACUGACCCAUAAGAUCGAAGCCACAGCCUGCACCAUAGACUCCCCUUUGUCUUAAUCUUGAUGUUUGUUUUACAUGUAAUGCUAACCUCAAAGUGUGUGUGUGUGUGAUUCCGCUGAAACCCUUCCAGCUCUAUUGGAUCUAGUUCUUGGCUACACAGUGGAAAAUCUCCUCUCAGGGAGGAAAUAAAACGUCCAUUAAUUUUUAUUUUCCAUAUUUUCAGUUGAGUUUAGCUGCUCUCUGAGACUGCAAGCAAAGAUGAAACUUCCUGUAUCAGCACAGGAGGGAGCAGGUCUUUAAAGAUGCUGCCGCAGUCUGGACCCUGCAUGCCUGUGUGUGUGUGUGCGUGCGUGCGUGUGUUAGAGUCUUAUCUGAGGAUGGACAAACACCCUCAGAUGCUCACGCUGUUUUCUGUUUUGGACAGAACAAAAAGGAAAAACUGCUCCGUGGCUGUUGUUGCCUCUUUUGAAGAAACUCUUGCCUCCAGUGUGUUUUUCCAGUCAGCUGCUUUUAAUGCUCAGUAGUUUUUAACCCUCAUUGAACUGGGUUAGUUGAGUGAGAGCGUAUUUACAGCAGCAGCAGCAGCCUGAGGGACGUGACUGGGAUUAGAGACUCACACAUAAAAGCGGUGGGGUUUUUCUUUAGGAGCCGUGUUUUUAGCUCCUCUCGGCUCUGAAACACAAACAGAAAACCUCAAUGGGACUGUGUGCAUGGAAGACGUGUUUGCAGCCGGAGUGGUUUUGAGGGAUCACGUGAAGAUUAAGAGAGAACCAAAAGCAUGUUUUCUCUCACACAAAUGUCAACUUUGAAAAUCCUCAUGUUAUGAUUGUGAUCAGGCCGAUAUUUUUACCACAUGAAAGGAAGAGAUUAAGAGAGACCGAAACGGCGUCUACUGCACAACGAUGACCGUCUUUACAUUUUCUGAUACACCUGAUGAUGUGUGACCCUAUUUGGAGUCUAAAAUGAUUCAAAUGAAACAGUUUUCACGUGAAAGUCUCACUUUUAGAGCCUUUCAUACAGAUGAUGAGAUUAACCGGGUAACAUAAACCGAACAUGUUCUCCUAUAAAUUGUGUUAUUUUCAUGCAGCUGUGGUCAUUUCAAAUUGUAUGGUCUGUGGUCAAAUCUGUCUUGGAAGUUCACUACACUCAGAAAUCUGUUAGAACCGGUCUUGAAUCAGUACCCUGAACGAGGUUUGAGUCCACAAUUUUGAAAACCUCUGGACCAGAAAUUCAGAUCUUUGUUCAGCUCCUGAACCUCAGACCUGAUCGUUUUCAGCCCCUGUUGGUUCUUGUAUCUUGAUUUUGUUCCAAUUUUCGCUGAAUGACAAACACUGCGGGGUCAAUGGUUUUCAAAUUAUUUCUGCAGUUCUCUAUCUCAUUCCUGGCUUUACUUUGCUGUCCUCUGCUGAUCUGGGGUCGGGUAGCAGAGGUAGCUCAUCCUGAAGGAGUUGGAGUAUUUUAGGGUCUUUCUUGUGAGUGUGAUUAACAGGUCCCUCACCUCCAGGCCUGAGCUCUGAGUAAGACUGCUCCUCUGUACCAGAAGGAGCCAGAGGAGAUGGUUUCUGAUUGAGAUGCCUCCUCCCUUUAGGGGUAUCAGGGCAUAUCUGACCAGGUGGAGACCCAAGGCAGACUUUUAAACCCUUAGGAGCUGUGAUGUGUUGCCGGGGAGAGGGAUGUCUGGGUCUGCUGCCUCUGAAUUUCUUGGUUGAAAAGUUGAUGAACUUUGUUUAUCACUGGUUCAGUUCAGACAUGUUGUUAUCUGAUGUCCAUAAAUCAAUCUAAAGAUGCUGUCCUUCUCCUAUCAGGCGCUGCUGAAGAUGGAUUGCCAGGGUCUGGUUGCCAGAUUAGUCCUGGAUUUCGUCUUGUUGACCACAGCGGUGGAGGUGGCGUCCAGGUGGAGGGAGCUGGCCGAGAAACUGGCUCGAGUGUCCAGACAGCAGAUGGAGGCAUACGAGGCUCCACAUCGAGACAAGAAUGGUCUGUUGGACAACGAGGUGAGAGAACGGGGGAACCUCAAGGCUGUCAGUAUAUUUAUGGUCAACAAAAUCUUCAUGAUCAAUGUUAAUUGAUUAUUAAUCCUGUUUACAGUCGACCCUGAUAUACAGACAUUAUCAUAAAAGUUCUUCUGUUUCUUCUCCUCUGAUCUUCACCUUUCAGUCCAUGUGGAAACCCGCCUACGACUUCCUCCUGACAUGGGCCGCCCACGUGGGCGACAGCUACAGAGACGUGCUGCAGGAGCUCCACCUCGGCCUGGACAAGAUGAGGAACCCGAUCACCAAGAGGUGGAAGCAUCUGACCGGUACACUGAUCCUGGUGAACUGCCUGGACACCCUCCGAAGCUCUGCCUUCUGUCCCACAGGAUACGGAGACUUUGCUGUUUGACUGGGAACUUCUUUUUUUUUUUUUUAUUUAAAGGUUUGUCUUUGUCAGGAAAAGAUAGAGUCUCUUGAUUUGAGGAUUGAGCUGUGGAGUCUGGGUGACACUGAAACUUUGUCUGGAACAUUAACAGCAUUUGGAUUGUGGAUUGGAUUUGGAUCCAGAUCUUUUACUCCUUGGAUCUUUGGGUCAUAUCUGAACAUUUCGGUUUCUUUGAGUUGUGGAUUUCUGGUUCUAGUGAACCCUCAGAUGUGGACAUUUGUUCAUCUUUCUUUUCUCUGCUUCUCUCUUUUCUACCUCACCCUUUAUUCUUCUCAUCUUUCUUUAUCAUCUCUAAAUGUUCACUCAUUUGUUUCUUUAAAUUUGGCAGUGAUUUUUUUCCUCUGUUGUUUCUUUGAACACAUCUUCCUCAGGACAACAUCACAGACCUCAGCCUCUGCUGUACAUGAAGAAUCACAAAGACUGAACUUUAAUUUCAAACCCAAACUCGGCUAAAUCUCAUGUCGAUGACUUUUCCUCACCACCUCUCCCUGGGACGUUUUUACAGAAGAGGAGAGCAAACGUCUUAUAUAAAUCUGCAGAAGUAGUUUCAUACGUCAGUUAUUAGUUUGCCAAAAAGCGUUAGCAAGAAGCUAACUCACGUGUGACUCGGUAAAGUCUGUGCAGUAAUGCUGCAGAGUGUUUGUUUGUUUGUAGAGAUUUGACUCUAUUUUUUAUACUUCAGCACUAAACAGAUGGAGUGUUAUUAUCAUAUCGACAGUGUUAUUGUUUGGUUUUAAUCUCUUUUUGUGUCUGUAUUCAUCAUUUUGAGACAAACUAAAAAGCCUGUUAGCUUGCUAAUGCUAGGGACUGAACUACCUAACUUUCUAACUUUUUUUUUCAGUCUGUGAGAUCUCAUUCAUUUCUGGAUCAGGAGUGUCACACAGUUUACAUCAUCAGACAGUGAAACCAGAAUUAAUACACUCAUCAUUCGUCUUAUUUCAGUUUGAAUUUGUCAGAUUUUUAAUAGCUCGUCAUAUUUUUCUAUCUCUGCAGGAUGAAAUCGUCAGCUUUGUCGUGUUUCUUUGUGUUUCUUUUGGAUAUAUUUGUCGUGUCUGAACAGAAACUGCACGAGGACUUUAAAAACACAUAUAUAUAAAUAUGAAAAUAUAUAUUUGUACUGAAGGCUGAUGGUGGACUGAGGUUGUAUCGGCUGUGAGAGGAGACUGAUCUGAAAUCUGUUCAGUGUUUCUGCUCAGAGAGUUUCAAUAAAAGUGAAAACAGCAUCUUUCUGAAA